AUGAUGUCUUGUGCUGAGCUAAUCACCAUGUGCCUUCUAUCUGCUAAACACUCCCAGGAGGGCAGGAACCAUAGUGUUGCCCAACAGAUCUCCAGCCAAGACUUGUCUAUAUUCCGAGAUAUAUUCCGGCGAGCAGACAAGAAUGAUGAUGGAAAACUGUCCUUUGAGGAAUUCAAACAUUUUUUCUCUGAUGGCGUCUUGAAAGUAGAGGAACUGAGGGAGAUGUACAGCAGGAUAGACUGCCAGCAUAGCAACAACAUGGACACUGAGCGGCUGUGUGAUUAUUUCUCCAAACAUUUGGGUGAAUAUGGGAAUGUUCUCAUGGCUCUUGACAACCUAAAUGUUACAAUUUUGGCAGCUAUGGAUAAAACCAAGAUGGAUUAUGAUCAUUCCUCCCAGACGGAACAGUUUGUGACACGCUUCCUUCUCCGGGAGACUAUGAAUCAGUUACAUUCCCUGCAGAGCUCGCUGGAGUGUGCCCUGGAAACAAUUGAGAUCCAAUCUGGCUGUGAAAGACAGGAUGUUAAGAAGACAGAACCCCAGAGGGUGGGCCGCAGAUGCCACCGUAAAUCCCAGAAGUCUGCCUGCCCCACAGAUCGUUAUUCUGGUAUUCUAACCACAGGUUUGCCCGUUGAAAGUGACAGUCAGUGGUCUGCACAGAUCAGCCGCUUGCAGCAGCUCAUUGACAAACUGGAGUAUACGAGGCCUCAACUGGAACCAUUGAUGGAAGAUUUAACAUGCAAGGGGAGAGAGAGACAUAUCUUGGUGGCUCAAAGACGGAUGACAGUCACUGAUAAUCAUUUGGAGCAGUUCAAAAUGUCUCUUAAAACUUACAUAGAAUCGGCUACAAACCAAAGUCAUUGCUUACACAUUUCUGUCCAGAGGCUACAUCCUGAACCAGACUACAUGAUAUAUGAAUUCUGGGAAAAUCAAGAUUCCUGGCAAAGGCACCUGCAAUCUACCCAGAGCAAAACCUUCCAGAGAGCGAUCAUCGAUUGUCUCGAGGAGCCGGAAUUAACCCGGACCAUGUUGUUCCCAGCUUCUUGGUGGAUUUUGAACUGCAACUGACGAUGAAUAAAGAUUUCUAAUUUUUACCAAGAAAUGCAUGGGAUCUCCACCUUAUUUUGAAUCCUUUUCUUCG